GGAGGCCGGCCCGGGGGCGGUGCGCGCCCCGCGGGGAGCGCGGCGAGGCGGCCGCACACGGCGCGGAGGAGGCGAUGCGGGCCGCCUGGCUGCUGCUGCCGGCGCUGGCCGCCCUGUCCGCCUACUACGUGUACCUGCCGCUGCCCGGCGCCGUGUCCGACCCCUGGAAGCUGAUGCUGCUGGAUGCCACCUUCCGGGCGGUGCAGCAGACGUGUCACCUGAUUCACUAUCUGAGACUCAGCCAUCACUUGAUAGUUCUGAAUUAUUUGAUCUGCACCUUUGACAAGCUGAAGGAUGUGUCCUCUGAAGAUGUUAAAAUCACGGAUGCUGUUUUUGACGGUGUGGAAGUGAGAGUGUUUGAACCUCCUGCGAAGGGAGAUGAAAGCCUCAAGCGCAGUGUUGUUUACAUCCACGGAGGGGGCUGGGCCUUGGCAAGUGCAAGAACAAGCCUUUACAACAAUCUCUGCAGAAUCAUGGCUGAAUCUCUGAACGCUGUUGUUGUCUCUGUUGAAUACAGGCUGGUGCCUGAGGUGUGCUUCCCCGAGCAGUACCACGAUGCUCUUCGUGCAACAAAGCAUUUCCUGCAGCCUGAUGUCUUAGCUGAGUAUUCAGUGGACCCCAGCCGAAUUGCAAUCUCUGGGGACAGUGCAGGAGGGAAUUUGGCAGCUGCUGUGUGCCAGCAGCUUAGCAAAGAAGAGGAUUUGACCGUCAGGCCGAAACUGCAGGCCUUGAUUUAUCCAGUCCUCCAGGCGUUCGACUUCAACACACCUUCUUACCAGCAGAACAUGAACAUGCCCGUGCUUCCCCGCUACGUCAUGAUCAACUACUGGAUCGAUUACUUCAACGGCAACUACGACUUGGCUCACGAGCUGCUGAUCAACAACCACACCGCUCUCAACGUCGGCCGCACUCUCUCCUUCCGGGCGCGCCUCAACUGGACGUCCCUGCUGCCUCCGUCCUUCAAAAAGAGCUACAAGCCCGUCGUGCAGACCACGGGCACGGCGGCCAUCGUGGAGCAGCUGCCGGCGCUGCUGGACGUGCGGGCGGUGCCGCUGCUGGCGGACGACGCGACGCUGGCGCGGCAGCCUCGCACCUACGUGCUGACCUGCGAGAACGACGUGCUGCGCGACGACGGCGCCAUGUACGCCAAGCGCCUGGAGCACGCCGGCGUGCCCGUCACCCUCGACCACUUCCACGACUGCUUCCACGGCUGCAUGAUCUUCACCGUGUGGCCCACAGAUUUCUCCGCCGGCAUGCAGACCAGGAACAGCUACAUCAAGUGGCUGGAUGAGAACCUCUGAAGGGAGGGUGCCGCUGGAAGGCACGGGGUGGGGGUGUGGCUCUGGUGUCUGUUCUGGCAGAAGAGCAAACAAUCAAAAAGUGCACUUUUCUGAAUUCUGACUUCACCAUUUGGCUGCAGCUGCUGGGGGUACAGACCACUAACUGCAGCAUUUUCGAGCUCCAUUGGCCUUGCCCAGUAAAGUAUUUUUUUCAAACCUCAAUUUUUUUUUCACCUUCUCCCAGAUAACUAUUGCCAAACAUAAACACCUGUUGAGCAGGGAGAACAGCAGUCCUGCAGGAUCCUUACCUGGCUGCAACUUUCAAGCUUUGACUCUUAAUCAGGUACAAAGGCCCUGCCUUUCAAGUGAUGUGAGAUAAAGCCUAACACCUACAUCUACUUCUGAAUACGUAGAAACGUGAGCUAGUUUACAGCAGUGUUGAGCAUUUGAUGCCACAGUGAGAACACUCACCUUGGACAGCAGGGCCAUGCAUUUGAAUGAUAAGCAUGAAUUUAGGUGUUGGCUUUUUGCCACAGACAAACGGCUCAUUUAAAUUUUUUAAAGUAUUUUUUUAAAAAGCUCUUCUAGACAGUUAAAACUAUUCUAGACGAGUCUCAGCCAAACCUGUAAUUCAGCUUUGGACUUUUGGUCUUUACUGCCUUUCAAUUAUUUAUAUUUAAAAAAAAAUACAGGACUAAAUAUAUUUUCAAUAAAAAAGUAUGAUAGCAUACACACAAAUAGGUAAGAUAAAAUAUUAUGUGUAGCAGCAGAAUCCAGGUUUCCUAUGUGAGUGACCUCCAAAGCUGACUACUUAUUUGGCUAAAGAAUGUGACUUCAUCUGUGUUUAAAGCCUCAGUUGUACAACCUCCUUACAGAAAAUACUGACCUUACUACAAAUAAUCUGCUGUGUGGUUUGCACUAAUGUUUGUAAUUAGUAGUAGAAGUUUUUGUUUAUUGACUUUUCUUUUGUGCUUGUAGUUUUUAUUGUAUUUCCUGCUUGGUGAAAGGAGGGAAGCAAGCAAAUAGAAGUGGGCUCCAAUCUAUACAGAAGAUUUAAAUCUGAGCUUUGCAGCUGAGCUUUGUCUCUCUUGUAGACUGCUCUAGGUAAGGUGAUCUCACUACUGAGCAGCAAAUCUGUACAGUUUGAGCCAGUCUGUAAAGUUCAGACAGACAGGACAGGGGAGUGAAACCACUUUGUGACUGUCUGUUGUCCAGGCUGCUCACACCUUGCAGAAAUGAAGGUGGUGUCAAAAGCCCAUAGGCACAGAGGAGAGAUGGGAGAUUAAAUUCAUCAUCAGCUUUACCCCAGACUUCCUGUGGGACCCCAGGAGAACAAUGUCAUCUCCUUACACCCCACUUCUGCCAGUGGAGGGAGUAAUUUCCUACCUCACAAAGGAGCUGUGAAGCUGAAUUCUCAGGCUUGAGUGAAGCACACGGAUGUGAAUGUGACUGACAGGCACUCAACAGCUCCCAUGGCUUUUGACUUUCCAUCCUUCUCCAAGACCUGGCUCAGAGCAGCCUGUCCCACAGCAGGGAUGCUGCUGGGCUCAGGUCCUGCUGAGCAGUUUGCUCCCCUCUGUCCUGGUUCCUGUCAGGAAUCCUAAGGUGAGGCUUCUUAGCCCUUGGAGAUCAUGACAAAGGAAAUUUCAUUAAAGCAUUCUUUAUGGCAGUAUUCUGAAAAGUUCUUAAAAAAACACAUCAGGUACUGGUAGAUCAAACUGCCUUCUGACAUUUAAAAUACAUACAGAGCAGUCCACUUUCACUGGGAUUUAAAUUAAAUAGGAGAAUGGCUUUGCUGAAUCACAGCUUCCUAGAAACAUCAGGUUGUUAAGGUGGUUGUGUGUAUUAAGAAAAGCCAUUAGAGAGACAAGGCCUGGAUGUCAGCUCAGUCAUGCAGGCCAAAGCUCAUUCCCUGCAUAGUUCACACAGAGAUCACAAAGCAAAGCUUUUUCAACAGUGGCCCAGAUCCUUCUUCCGUUUAGCAUUUACAAAGACUGGGUAGAACUAGAGAAGCCAAGUGCUAAUCUGAAUCAGAAGAAACUUUGAUCAAGAAACCCAGUUAACACUGCAGAAGAAUUCAAACUUUUUAUCUGGGUUUAAACCCUUUCCUCCUUUUCUCCAUAAACACAACUUCAUAGAUUGUAUGCUUUAAACAGACAGCAACCAAAGUUAUGUCCAUUCAAAAGACAAGUUACUAAUCUGCUCCAGAGUCCUUUCCCUUUAUAUGGAAACAGCUAUGUUUACCUGACUUUAAACUAUGACUAAAAUAGUAAAAAAAAUAUCACUAUACUGAGUUAUAAGAACAGGCUUCUUCUUGAAUUUCCCACUUAAAGCCUAAACCCAUGUCAGAAAAGAUGUAAUUUACAUCUACUGUCAUUAAAAGAUAGUAUAACUGUAGUACUGGGAAAAAAAAGGUUAAUAUUCCUAUAAAUCUUACAGUAAUUAAGUUUUCCUGAGAGCUUUCUGCUAAACUUUAGCUCAGCAUUUGUUUAUAGCUAAGUUAUAGAUACCUGUUAUGAACCUAAAAUAUAAUUGCUGCUAGUUUUUUUUUUUAACUGAAAUGAAAGGGAGAGCUGGAAUAUAUAUAUAUGUAUAUACAUAUAUAUAUAUAUAUAUAUUCAUGGAGUCAGUUGUAAAUUUCCUUCAUGCACUGAAGCACAUUAAAGUCUUGGCACAAGAAAUGGUGGUAAGUUCAUAACUGGAGUGAACGUGUUUACGAAGCUGCCAGCAGCCUGGUGUGAUGCCUGAGAUCACAGCACCACGUGGAUGUGAUGUACAGUAUUAAAUACUUCUGUCAAAGCAUCUGGACUACUUUGAUCUUGCAGCUCUAUGGUUUAACACCUGAUAGCUGCAGAGAUACCUGAGGAAUCCUACAACAUGGAAAAAGAGGUCUGAGUCCCAGCUCUAAAAAGACCUUUAGUGCACAGCCGCACAAGACACUGAGCAAAUUCAGUGUAAACCUUGAAGUAAGUGUUAGUCCCAGCCCAGCUUUCCUCCUCCUUUCCUCUGUUCUCCUUUGCACACAGUCCCCGUGCCCCAAAUUGAAAAUUUAGGGUUGUUUCUGGCUGUGUUGCUCCAAGCUUCUAGGAGCUGACCCAGGGUUACAGAAAGCAGAUGCCUGAUAGCAAGGGAUUAAAAUUAAUCUGUGUUGCAACACCUGGAUUUGUUCCUGGUUUUUCCUACAUCUCCAAGCGUUUCCUCAGGGUUAUCUUGCACCUUCCUCCCUUGGUUAUUUCGCAAAGCAGUUUAGGGCACUUUGCAUGUUGUAGGAUCAGGGCAAGUGUUUGUAGCAAUACUUCACCUGUGCAUGGUAGAGUCUUCUCAGAGGAGACAUCCAAUAAAUUUGUCUUCUUAUCUUAAAUCAAUGGAUAUGGCUAGAUACCUUUUGUAGGUAGCUUUUCUUCCCCUUCUACAAUUAGACUUUACCUCUUGAUUGCAGAAAUAUCUUGUUCCUGAUGGCCAUCAAGGCAUUCAGAUGAAAGCUUUUAAAAGAAAAAGCAAAAUCAACUUGCAUAAUAGAACUUAUAGUCAUUCUUAUCCUGCCUUCCUGAACCUGAGAACUAUAUUAGUGAGUCCCCAGCAUUUUGGCUAAUAUUUGCAGGAAUAAAUGGAGAUUUUGUAUCCCUAGCUGAGGACCUCUUAAAGGAUGGGUGUUCAACAUUUCUGGAAGCCCAGACCUCUUUCAGGAGGUUUCAUGAUGCAUAAAAAUCACAAAUAAAUUGGAUUUCCUAACUUUCAUCUAAGUAAUUCCAGAACUGCAUUCCCAGCCAAAGCAGAAAGGCCAUUGUGAGUUUUAAGCCCUACAAACUAAAUAGAAAUACUUAAAAACAUUAUUUUGUAGUGUUUGGGCCUCUAUAUUUUUUAAUCUCUUACCAAACUUCACUAGAAACUUUUAAAAAUAAAAAUAUUGGAAGUAGGUAAACUUGAGUUCAACCUUUUAAGCUGCUAUGAUCUGUAACAAAGAUGUUGUUAAAGAAAAACCAAAACCACCUGGUUUAAUGUUUUCGUAUUUAUGAUGUUCAAAACCCCGACGUACAACAUACUUGAUGUGAAUGCAUUCAAUACCUUGUGCAUGACUGGUUUUUGCUUUUUGUCCCAGAGCAGGGGAAAGAUUUGUAAGAUCUCAUUACCAAGUGUGAUUUGAGCUGUGCUAUCAAAAUGAAGAACAAAUAAAUAAAGUGAAAUAUA